GGGACGUGUUCACUCACACAACGACAUGGCUGCUGCAGUCAGGAUGAGGACGUGGAGCUGUCCGGCCAGAGGAGUUUUCUAUCCAUGGACCGUCCUUUUUGCAGUUUUACUCAAUACCAUAAAUGCGACCGAAGCAGCACCAGAGACAGGGCUUUGGAUAAUCACAGUUGUAAAUACCUCAAGACCAUUGCUGUUAAGGAAAUCCAUGUAUAAAGACACUGACAUUGAACUGAAAGUUCUGCAUUUUGGAUGUCCUGAGAAUGUGUCCUUCUUCAUUGAAUGGUAUUUAAAAUACUACCCCUGUCACAAUGAAUUCAACAAUAUUGAUGAAAUGUAUGACAAAACUCCUGUAAGUCGUGGGGAGGGCAUGGAUCCAAAUCCCCUUGGACCAGGAGAAUACAUCAGACACAAACAUGGUCCGAUAAUGUGUAACAGUGGAUUACGCUCCUUCCCAAUGCUCAAAAAAGCCAAGGCAGAUCCACGUACAGUCCGUCUGCCUGUUGAUGGUGAAGUUGAAAGUGACACUGGGUGGAUUAACGAGGAGUAUGACAGUGGCACCACCGCGAAGAACAGCAGUGUUAAAAUCAAAGACAACGUCAUUGCCACCACGUGGAAGGAUGGGCCAUACCUGCUGGUUGUUAAGAUUGAGUCCAGUAAACAGGAUUCCAACUGGAAUUUGACAGUUAAUGUGGUGAUGAAAGGCAGCCAUGGCUUCAUCUCUAUCACAGAAUGGCCUCUCAUGAUUUUCUACAUGAUGAUGUGCAUAGUGUACAUCCUGUAUGCCCUGCUGUGGUUUAUCUGGGCAGCGUGCUACUGGAAGGAUCUGCUGAGGAUCCAGUUCUGGAUAGCUGGGGUCAUAUUUCUCGGGAUGGUGGAGAAGGCCGUCUUCUGUGCCGAAUAUGAAAACACCAACGCUGUAGGCUCUGCUUCUCCAGGUUUGUUGAUCUUUGCCGAGCUGGUCUCUGCCCUCAAGAGGACUUUGGCUCGAUUGCUCGUCAUCAUAGUCAGCCUCGGUUAUGGCAUUGUAAAGCCUCGACUGGGGCAAGUAAUGCACAGAGUUGUGGGACUCGGCAUCCUCUACUUUGCCUUUGCUAGCAUUGAAGGUGUCCUGAGGAUUACUGGGGUUCGAGACAAUGGCCCCGCUCUCAUUACAGAAAUUGUUGUGGCUGUGUUUGACUCCUGCGCCAUCUGGUUCAUCUUUGUCAGCCUGGCACAAACCAUCAAGACUCUGAAGCUGAGGAGAAACCCCGUCAAGCUGUCUCUCUACAGGCACUUUACAAACACACUAAUAUUUGCUGUCAUUGCUUCUGUCAUUUUCAUAGGGUGGACAGCAAAAAAAUUCCGCUUAGCAGAAUGCCAGUCUGAUUGGAUCGAGCUGUGGGUGGAAGAUGCUUUCUGGAGGUUCUUGUUUUCCGUCAUUCUGUUCGUCAUAAUGUUCUUGUGGAGACCAUCUGCAAACAACCAAAGGUAUGCCUUCACACCUCUCAUUGAUGACUCUGACGAUGAGGAGAUUGAGGAGUUCAUCGCCUCUUCAAACAUCGCUGAUGGUAUAAAAUUGAGAGCAGCUAAAAAUGAGACGAAUGGCACAGCGAAGCCUGCAGAAACAAACCCGGAGGAAGACCUGAAGUGGGUGGAGGAGAACAUUCCUAGCUCUCUCACUGAUGUAGCUCUGCCCAUCCUGCUCGACUCAGAUGAGGAAAUCAUGACGACCAGAUACGAGAUGUCAAAGCUGGAGUGAGGCGAAACAUUUCCAGCCAUCAGCUGACACGGAGGGAGAACAUAGCAGCUGUCCCUGACUCUGCAGCAGGGCUUUCUCCAGGAUUUCCAGUCGGGUGGUGGUGGUGGAGUGCCAUGUGGGUCUUAUCAGGGGAUCUUCCCGUACGGCUUCGACUUCGCAGGGUGGUGCAGACCACAAAUGUAGGGGGAGCUCUGCUCAUUUCCUCAACUUCUCAAGAGCAAAGGACUCUGCCAGAGGAAAACUGUCUUUUCACUGACCAACUGGUUCACCAUUUCCCUGAUUAUGAUCAGUUUUGAGCCUUUCUUUCCAAAGAGAAUGUUUCAUUUUAUAUUAAGUGUUGUAUUUAUUUUCUGUUCUGUUCAUGUGAAUUUAUUUGAUCAGAUAAUUAGGAACAGUGGGCCUCAUGCAUGAACCUACUCUCUAAUAUAUGUUAAGUGUCUUUUUAAGGGUAUGUAGAUGUUAUUGGCCGGUUGUAAUAAAAUAAGAUGCUUAUUUAUGAUGGGAGAAUAAUCAAAAGGCCUUUUUUCCUCAGUAAUUAACAAUAGGAAUGAUUUAUCAAAGCUAUUUUUGCAGCCAGACGAGAGACAGAGAAUUUGACUCUAAUGUGUUUAUUCAUUAAUUUCAAACAGGAUCAUCAUGUAUAAAUAUAUAGCUGUGAAGCUCUGUAAACAGUAUGUAUUUUUCAUGUGGCUGAGUGUCUGGAACACCCUUUUUUUUUUUUUUUGCUAACAUUAAAAUCUGAGACGAUAAAAAAAUUCAAACACAUUGAUUUUGAAUAGAACAUUUUGCUCUUAUGCACUUUGAGGAUCUAAGCUCUGUGCCUACAUGUAGUUCUUGUAUGAGGCCUAAUCUGUUCAGGUAAUUGAGAACAAUAUGUAUGAAAGUGUCGUCCAUGUCUCCGGCAUCCUCAGUAUUGGUGUGUGUGAGGGUGAUGAAGCACAAACACAUGAUUUGUACAAUUUAAAUGUUAACUGGGUUCAGCAGUGUAGAAUUCGGGGGUUUGAAUCUACUGUAUGUGUGUGGGUGGGCAGGUUUGUGUCUUCUGAAAUACGGAGCAAUAUACUGUAUGUCUAUUAAUAUGGAGUUGAAUAAUUUCAUUAUUUAUUUGUGUUUCAAGUGUACUUAUAAGUUGUUUAAAAGUGUGUUAAGCCCUGUUUACUCUCAAGUGUGUUUACGAUGUGUGCUUCCAUUUUAUUUUAACACACUGGACCCCAAACAAUCUCGCAAUGUGUUAGGCAGCCAGCAAAUUGAAGUUUCUUUCUCAUUGCUUUGCACAGUUUGCUUUCUUUGCCGAUAGAAAUCAUUGUGGUGGUUUCACAGACACCUUAAUGACGUUCGUGUUCUGUUAAAUAAGUCUUAAUAUUGGUUAUUUUUAUGGAAAUGGCUGCCCUGGUGUUUUUGUCAGUGUAGUUUUGGAACACUUUCGUUGUCUUCAUGUGUGUUGUUGGACUUUUUCUGUGCAGGCCAUCCCAUAUUAUGACACAUUAGAUAAGUUAUGUUGUUAGCAUAAGCACAAGCUGAUCACUUGGGUUUAUAAUGUCACUGUUCCGUUUUCUUAUUGGUUGGAAACCUGGAGUAAUUGUGCUUUUGAUGGCAAGCUGUCCUUCUGUUAUAUAAAACUGCAGACACCUGCAGUGGACCUCGAUUAUUUGUACAGAUGGGUUUUGGCUGAUUCCUGUUAUUUCAUAAUUCCACAGGUGGAGAGGUGUCUGGAUAAUAUGACUCGUCUUUUUCUUUUUUUCUUUCGUGGGUGUCACGGAAGAACUGGGCUUGAACUUUUCAUACCAGCAGUUUUCUUCUCUCUUCCUUCUCGGGGAGUGUGUACAAUAUUAAUAUUAAAUAUUAAUUGAACACAGGAGAAUGUUUGUUUCCUGGCUUAUGAUUUUCAGUAUUAAUUUGGAAAUAAAAGUGCAUAUUUUA